AUGUAUGAUAAUAGUUAUGGUCGAACACACCUAACCAAGGAUACGCGGUUAUUCUUGGAGAAAGUGUUUGCCCAGAAACAGUGGUUGACCAAGGAGGAACGACAGUUAAUUGCCAGGAAAUGUGGACUUAGUCCCUUGCAAGUAAGAAUAUGGGUAUGUUAA